GCGUGUGUCAAUUAUUAAUACAAGACAAUCAAUGUUAGGAAUAUAAUUAUGGUACAACCAGCACUCAGAGUAGAACCCCUACUGCCAUCUUGUGGUAAUAAUCAGGUACAACACCACAACCACAAAAACAAUGGCGUGGACUCCCACAACCUAAUACGCACUUCAAUUUUUGACAUAACAUACUGCGAUAACAAGAUUAAUGACAGAAAAUACAAAUUUAAAUAAAAAAUCUGUCCUAUAAAAGUCAUAUUGUUGCCUUUUUUUAAAAAGCCCAUGUUGUGGAAGCAAAACACUCUGGUCAUGAGACUGAUCAUUCAAAGGAUGCUUUCCUUUAGUUUUCUGCUACAUUAGGUGCCUUUUUAAUGCUGCGCUGGUGACCAACUGAUAAAAGACUUUGCAGCCCUCCACUGUGUGCUGAACUGAGCCGCUUUUAUCUCAGAGUCUUGUUCAUCAGCCAGCCACGCUGAAUGAAAGGAGCUUUUGGAAAUGUGGCAAAGACUCCAGUUUCUGUGGCGGUUUUCUAAUGGAUUCCCCCCCAGUCCCUGAACAAUGACGACAUUUGAGGAACCUGUGAAGAUCAAAAUGCCACUCUCACAGAAAACUGUCCCAGAUAUUUACUUGAAAAUUCAACAUGUGGACAGUUCUGUUGUAGAGGAAUACUGAGCAACAGGCUCAGCUUGAAACUAUUGACUCUCGGACAACACGCUUUAAAUAAUGCAUGCAUAAACACAAACAGCUGCAGUGUUUAAUCCAGGAUGUGUCUGCUGUAGUUCUGAGGCGGUCCGAAGGAGUCUGGAGUCAAAUUCCUGAACACGUAGGAGCUCCAACACGACGCAUGACGCAGGGCGCAGCAGCGACCGACUAACGGAUUACUGAUCGAUCAUCGAUCUGACUACACAAAGUACAUUUCUUCCCGCUGUUUUUACUCCAUAUCGGGUAUUUCUUCUUAUUCUCCUGCUUUUAAUGACUUGAAGAAACAUGACAAAAGGAGCAGCUUUUCUUUUCCGCCCGGUGAAGCGCAACUGAAUCUGGUUUGUUUGCCGCAGGAGAAAACAGUAAGAAUCUGACCUGAACAGCUGGUAAUAUUUGAAAGUAGAAAAAAUGUUUUUAUCAUGGGAGAAUAACCGCUCAAAAUGCUGCUUUCACACGAUAAUUAGAAGUGGAAUGAAUUGAACAAAAAAAAAAACAACAGCCCGUGUUUGGUUUCCACAGCGGAAAUGAGAUCAUUCCCUUUGCCUGGAUCCACUUUUUCUAAAACAUGGUGGAUGUAACUCUGUCGUAGCAGGAUCUGUCAUUAUCGGACGUCUGAACAGUUUAAAUAUUAUUAUCAUUAAUAUGAUUAAAGGAAAUAUGUUUGCUGGCCUGAUGGGGCUGGACUGUCAUCUGAACUCUUUGCAUCACCGCUGCGAAGGAUCUGAAGGUGGCAAAGCAUCCAGGACAGCUGUCAGCUCUGGGUGUAAGAGGCACCACAGGAGACCAGGGUACAUGAGAGGAGAGCAGUCCAGACUGCAGUGCACUGCUCAUGCUCAGGAGGAGGAAGAGGAGAGCUUCGCUUGCAUUAGGAAUGGAAAAUCUGGACGUCAUGCUGACAUCACUGAGGCAACCAGAGUUCAACAGUUGAGUCAAGCUCUUCCCGUCAAAGUGAAUUUAAUGAAUAAUGACCAUUACAAGCAAUCCGCAGGUAGUACUUUGGAUAGUAAGAACUUGCUCGGCUCUGUAAAUGGAGUUCAGAGCAUACCGAGGCAUUUGGUCCAGUCUUCUCUGUCUCCAAAUGAACUCAGUUCAAGCCUAGAUUAUUCAUCUGAGGACACCUUUAACUCAAGUUUUAGUUUCAUCCAGCAGUCUCUAAACUACAACCAAAGGACAGACCCUGUUUUACCAGUACAAGCACCAGAACCACCAAGUCAACAAGCUAAUCUAGAAAAAACACGAGAUGCACUCUCCACCAAGCAUAUUUUUUUAAAGCAGUCGGCUCCUGCCUCGUCACUGCCACUCCUGGCCCAAGCCGGUCAGGUCCAUAAAGAGGAGCAUUCAUAUGGAGGGAGAUGUUGGCGGGACUGUCUGUGGGGGGACAAGGAGGAAAUGUCCCAGCUUCCAAACCCUGAUUCCCAGUCUCCUGACAUAGAGGUAACGUCUUCCCUGUCAGUAGACUCUGACACGGCGUCUGCCUCCUCUGUCACCUCUGGCUACGAGAGCGCCACACCUGCUUCGGAGCAAGGCUGGGACAGUCUGGUGAAGAAGUAUGAAGGCGUACUGCAAGACUGCCUCCAGAACAACCGCACUUACACCAAGAUUGAGUCCAUGAUGUUGAAGCUGCAGAGGCUCCAGCAGAAAGCCAUUCUGGAUGAUGACUAUGACGCAGCUGAGCGGUUUGGGAAGAAGCUGGAGGAGCUCUGCAGAGAGCGUGGAGCUCUCAAACUGGGUUUACCCUCCAGGGAGCCCAGUGUGGCCCUGUUCCUGGAGAGCCUCACAAAGGUGGUGCACAGCGCCCUCCAGGGGGCAGACUGCAGUCAGUGCAGCAGAGAGGGAUCAGAAGCGGAUUCAGUGGAACAGUCUGACCAACUGCAGCGAAGGGAUUGCUUGAUUCAAGAAAAACUUCAGGUUGAGGAGGAAAUUGAGGAGAUGCAGAUGAGGCUGGCAAGGCUGAAGGAUCGCAGUCGAUGUCUGGAGCAACUGAUCCUGCAGGAGGAGCAGCGGGCGGAGGCCGAGGAGCUGGAGGGCUCAGUGCUGCGGAGCUGCACUGUGACCCAACUUCGGGACAUGAGCCGGACCCUGCAGGACCUCGUCAUGUCUGAAAACCGCACGCAGAUCCCCAUUUUCCCUCCACCCUCAAUACUCAGACUCCAGGAACAGGAACAGGCACUGAACCUUUCCAUCAAGGAAGCUACAGCCAAGGUGGUCCUGAGUCAGAGACUGGGCAGCAGCCUAAGGAGGAAAGUCAGUGAGACUGAAACGCAGCUUUUGGCUCUGCACGAAGCCAAACUGGCGGCCAUAUCUGGUAAUGACUUCGGCUGUGCCAAGGAGCUGAAAGCUGAGAUGAAGGCGGUGUAUCUGGAGCGGGACCGGCUGGAGGCCCUGGCCAAGAGGCUGCACUGCCUCAGUCUGGGCAGCAGCCAGGAGCUGGCCAGGAUGAAGGAGCAGCGGCAGCAGCUCAGACAGGAGCUGGAGCAGAGGGAGGCCCUGCAUGAAAGCCGGCUGAAAGAGAACACCACCAAGUAUCUAGAGCUGUUGGAGGACAGGUUGCACAGCUGUGGCUGUCCCGGAUUGGAACGUAUUUGGGAAGCUGACCUGGAAGCGUGUCACCUGUUUCUAAGAGGUCUGCAAUUGCGAACCCCCAGCUGUGGUGGAGCAGAUAUGGAGGACACCCCUGCUGCAGCAGUUUAUGCCUCAACCCAGCCUUGCACCAAAGAGGAAGAAGACUGCGCUAUGCUGACUGCUUUAGGAGGCCGCUGGUGUCCUGAGGCCAACUUACAGAACUCACAGUUCACAAAGAAGCUGGAGGAGUUUUUGUUCUGCAUGGAGGAAAACCACCCAGAGGAUGUGUGCAGCGAGGCUGAUGCUACAGACCUGACAGAACGCUGUGAGCUGAUUGGUGACAGACUAAUCGCCUUGGAAGACAAACUGCAGACAGCUAUACUGAAUCAGGAUCAAGCCCUUACCCAGUCUUUGGAAAAAGAAGUUCAGGAGGUAAAAUGCACCUUACACAGCAUGCUCACGCAGCUCAAGAUUGAUGAACAGGAGGAAGAGGAAGCGAGGGUGUUGGAUGAGCUGAUAAAAGAUGAAGCUCAAGUGAAAGUAGAGGCACAUGAAGAAGAAGAAGAGGAGGAAGAAGACGACCAGUACUUCAGUGACAGCUGGGACAUUUGAGAUAGACGCCUGUAGUGUUUUGGGAGCACACACAGGCGGCUUGAUGGGAGCGUAACCUCCGUGCAGAAGCAGAUGUGACCUCAAAUCAGUUUACUGUACAGCUCCACUCAGUGGUUCACUACCAGCUUCUGUGGUAUUAUAUACUUCUGAAAGUAUAAACUAUACAGUGCCUUGCCAAGGGUUCAUAUGCCUUGAACCUUUUCCACACUUUGUCAUGUUACAACCAUAAACCCGCAUGUAUUUUACUGGGGUUUUAUUUGUUAAACCAACGCACACAAGUCCGUUAUUGUAAGGACAGGAAAAUGAUACAAUCUUUUCAAAGAUCAUAACAGAAAUAAAUCUAAACAGUGGCCCCCUAAUUUAAUACUUUGUAAGGCUACCUUUUGCCUUAGUUAUAGCUUUUGUCUUUUGGAGUAUUUCUCUGCCAGCUUUGCACAUCUGGAUACUUUUUAACUUACUGUUCUUUGCUGAUAGCUCGGUCAGAUUUUAUGGAGAGCAGUUCUGAACAUAAAUGUUUAAGUUUUGCCACAUAUUCUCAGUGAGAUUUUAGUUAAACAAGUGUCUUGUGUCUACAAGUCUUUUGCAGCCACAAACACAUGUUCUUCGAGAAUAGUUGUGCAUGUAGCUCCAUUAAUUCGCAUCAACCCUCCCUCUGCUAUAGAAAAGCAUCCUCACAUCAUAAUGCUGCCACCACCUUGAUUUAAAAUGGGAAUAGUGGGUUUAGAAUGAUGAGCAGUGUAUGCCACCACACAUAGCAUUUGCAAAUGGGCCAAAGCAUUCAAUUUUGACUUCAUCUGAACAGAACAACUUCCACAUGCUUACUUUGUCCCCUACAUGGUUUGUGGAAAACAACACAUCCUAUGGCUUUCUUUCAACAAUGGUUUUCUUCUAGCCACUAUUCCAUAAAGGUUGUUUUAUUUUUUGGAGUACAUGACUAAUAGUUGCAUCAACAGAUUUUCCUUCCUGGUCCCUGCAGCUCCCCCAGAGUUACUAUUAGCCUCUUGGGCUAAUUCUCCGAUUAGUGCUGAUAUGUAUCCAGUUGUGACAUAUCCUUUCUAUUUUUUGAUGAUAGCUUUAAGAGUGCACUUCGAAAUAUAAAAAGCUUUGGUUAUUUUAUAACUAGACCCUGCUUUAGUAUUAGGGGUGGUUUAGGGAUAGACCCCAGCCAUAAACCUCUCUAGACCUUUGUCCCUGCCUAUUUUGUGUUGGUUUAUCACAUCAGAUACUGACAAGUAGUUUGUGGUUCUACUGUGAAAUUAUGUAAAAAUGUCCAAGAGGUAUUAAUACUUUCACCAAACAAUGUUAACUGAAAAACCUAAAGGUUUUGAAGGAUACAAUGUGUAUGUAAGACACUUCCUAUUUUAUUUUAAAUGGUAACAUAAACCACCAUGGUUUGUUUUUAACACAAGUCUCAAAGUGUCGUCAUUCUUUAUUCUGCAAACCAGCAGAGUUGGAGCAGUUGAAUGUUUAACCUCCGGUCAACAUCAUAAACUCAAUGCUGCAACGGACAAUCUGAACAUUAACUAUUAACUUGUUUUUUGCACAUUAACAGAAAUGUGUCUUAUUUUAACAUCAGCAAACUACUUUUUUGUGUUAUCUUAAUGAAAGGACUGUACUUGCACAUAAUCGUGUUCACCGAAGAACAAAUUUUUGUGGUGCUACAAAAUGUGAGCUAACAUGAACACUUUAUUUUCUUUGUGUUGAAAAAUGCAAUAUUUAGGUUGUUGUUUUUUCUUUUUUUAAAUGCAGCAUGUAUUGAGAGACAUGCCCUUAAUAAAAACAAGGCUUAUAAGUUUA